CAUUUGUUGCACCAAUGGAGGCACAAACAAAGACCAAAACAAACAAGUCAAAGAGAAGGACUCCUAAAAGUGUUUCUCAAGGACCAUAUGCAAAUGCAGACAUUGGCCAACAUAUAACUUCCAACAGCUCAAUGACUAAAGGGAGUAGAAAUUUGGCUAAAAUAGAUGUGAGACCAAAACAGCAGAGCACUGGAAAGCAAAUGGUUCCAACCUUGCACCAGACUGAGAGUGAUAAUUCUACCAGGCCUGCCCCAGCAUCUGUAAAUAAGAAAAAGGGCAAGGAGGGAGUCAAACGCAUUGUUGUUCCAUCCAAAGUUCAAACAGACCCAGUGGAAUAUCCUCCAUAUGUUGCCAGAAUUAUGAGGAUCCUGAACAGGCAAAAACAGGGUCAGAUGGAAGCUAAUGAUAAUAAAAGGGAAAGUGUGGAUUCCACAUCCAAGCAAAUAGCCCCUUCUGAUAGAAAUGAUAAGGAUAGAGCUGAUUCUACUCCUAAACAAGCUACUACUGCUGACAAAAAGGCAACAAACACUGUGGAUUCAAGUCUUAAACAAAAGGAUCCACAAAGUGUUGUAUCAAAAACUCCUGUCCCAUCAAAGCAGUCCGCACUGGAACAAAAGCACAAGACUUCGUCUGGUAGUGUUGUUCAGAAGUUCAAUGAGAAAUGUAAACAAUUGAAAUCUGGGUCCAAAAAAGAGCCAAUGUCUAUCAAAAAGACACUUCCAGAGGACUACAGACCAGUGGUUAACACAACCCUUUUACUAGAUGACUUGUCACCUGACAGUUUUACACUGUUUAAAGCAGACAAUUUCUAUGGACCAGAGAUUCUUGUCACUUCUGACUCUCACUGCUUUGUGGUGUCUGUGCCUUUCUUCUAA